AUGGCCUCGAUUGCUGCUGUUCUUUGUGGAAAAGUCCCCCAUCAUGUUGAAUUCAUGGUCAAAAACCUUGUCCCAAAAAUCGAAAUUGUCCAUGCCUGCGCAACGGCUGACGCGGCCGUUUCAGAGAUUCCGGGUCUCCUCAAAGGCAAUGUAAUCACACCUUCAUCGGGACUCGGUACCAAUGCCGAAGGCUCCAACCGGUCGGAUGUGAGUCUGAUCAUCGUGGGCGGAGGCUACUCUCCGGAGGAGGUCGAAGCGAUACGCAAGGCGGUCGAUUCUGUCAAGGCGAUGCCGUUCUUCAUAGCCGAUACCAGCAAGACUCCACCUGGAACGGGCCCUCCAUCAACCGAUGCCAUCAAGAAGAGGAUCAUGGAUAGUGUCGAGGCGCAGGAGAAGGAACACGGAAAGUUGGUUCCUGGCUUGUACAAGUUCUGA